GGAGUCGAACGAUGAUAUGCAGGGUGUCCUCUGGAGGAGUGCCUUCGAAGACAUCCUCCAGUUUGGUUGUUGUCUCGAGCUCGGGUGGAAGCUGCGGCUUGCUCAUUUCUUCUUGCGCUUUGGCGAUUUACGUCCCCCAAACAUUCUAGUGACGAAAGACUGUCAAAAGGUGAUGUUAAUUGACUUCGAUUGGAGUGGAAAGCUAGGUGUGGCGAGGUAUCCAGCUGGAGGUGUUAACCCUGAGUACGCAUGGCCAGAUGGCGUUGAGGCUAACGGUCGAAUUGAAAGAGAACAUGAUUUGGGAUGGUUUAAAACUCUUAAUUCAUGA